UGCUGACCGCCGCAGCUCGCGCCAAACUCGUGGGUCCCCGGGCAGCGCGCGUUCGCUCCCUCCUCGGCUCCAGGAUGAUUGGCCAGAAGACCCUCUACUCCUUCUUCUCCCCGAGCCCCGCCAGGAAGCGACGUGCCUGCAGCUCCGAGCCGGCCGAACAGUGGAACGGCGUGGCGGCGGUAGCUGAGAGCGGGGAUGCGGCGGCCAGCCCCGCCAAGAAGAUCCGGGCGGGGCAGGAGGAGCCCGGCACGCCACCCUCGUCGCCACUGAGCCCCGAGCAGUUGGUCCGCAUCCAGAGGAACAAAGCCGCCGCACUGCUCAGACUCGCAGCGCGCAAUGUGCCUGUAGGUUUUGGUGAGAGUUGGAAGAAGCACCUCAGCGGGGAGUUCGGGAAACCAUAUUUUAUUAAGCUUAUGGGAUUUGUUGCAGAAGAAAGAAAACAUUACACUGUUUACCCACCCCCGCAGCAAGUCUUCACGUGGACCCAAAUGUGUGACAUAAGAGAUGUGAAGGUUGUCGUCCUGGGACAGGAUCCAUAUCACGGACCCAAUCAAGCUCAUGGGCUCUGCUUUAGUGUUCAAAGGCCCGUGCCACCCCCACCCAGUUUGGAAAACAUUUAUAAAGAACUGUCUACAGACAUAGAUGGUUUUGUUCAUCCUGGUCAUGGAGAUUUAUCCGGAUGGGCCAGGCAAGGUGUUCUCCUGCUCAACGCUGUCCUCACCGUCCGGGCGCAUCAGGCCAAUUCUCAUAAAGAGAGAGGUUGGGAGCAGUUCACCGAUGCUGUUGUGUCCUGGCUCAAUCAGAACUUGAACGGCCUUGUCUUCCUGCUCUGGGGCUCUUAUGCUCAGAAGAAAGGCAGUGCCAUUGAUAGGAAGCGGCAUCACGUGCUGCAGACCGCGCAUCCCUCGCCGUUUUCAGUGUACAGGGGGUUCUUCGGAUGCAGGCAUUUCUCUAAAACCAAUGAGCUGCUGCAGAAGUCCGGCAAAGAGCCCAUCAACUGGAAGGAUCUGUGA